CCAGUUCCCCCUUGCUCCUCUCUCCCAUCAGCGUCUCGAAAAUCAAAUCACAAGAAAAAGAAAGAAACAGAUCUUGGUUCUUGUUGAUCGGAAACCAGAAUGUACAACGAAAGCUUCAGUUUCUCAUCGCCAACAGAGAGAGUCAAGGAGAAGUUGAAAUCCUCAAUCUGCUGCUUCCGAACGACGCCGUAUAUAGGCGCCGCCGUGGAGCCGUCGGAGGAGAUGAAGGGAAGGACGCCGAGAUCGCCUCGUGUAAUAAAGGACAAGUGCAAGUACCUCAUCGCCAGGAUCGGGAAGGGAGGGCGCAAGCACUACAGCUCCUCGUCGGAUUUCAGUUACGACCCCAUGAGUUACGCGCUGAAUUUCGAGGACGAGUCGAGCCGAGCCGACGAGCUUCCCUUUAUCAACUUCACUUCGAGGCUUCCCGCCACGCCGGGCCGAACGUCAGCCGUCAAGUCUUUAGCGGCGACGCCGGUGUCGGUCAGGAGGGAGGUCUUUGCGUAUAGUUGAUAAAAAAAAAAGGCGGUGUAAUUAAUUAAAUUAGGAUUGGUUUGUUUCCAUUAUUAACGGUGACCUUUCCCGGAGGUUGAUUAACGUUAGGGUUAAUAAAUUCAUCCCUGCAAGUUAAUGUACAGCUUUUAAAAGUAGAGAAAUUGUGAGAUAUCUGAGGUUUUUCUCAAAUCCUCCAAAAAAAUGCACGUACUUCUUUUUCUUUUCUCUCCUUUUCUUUUCUUUUGAGUUUGUACCGGAAAAAGUAAAUCAAUGUUGCCCAUUCUUGAAUGGGCAAUAAUACCAGAAUUUGAAUUUGAGAUAUAUUUUGGGUU